UUUGUUUGUAACAGUAAUGACUUUUAAAAUUCAUAUAGAGAUGAUUAUGAUAUAAUCUGCUCAUACCUAUUUAUUAAAGCUUACCAUAUGAGUGUUCAGAAAUUUACAAAUUAUUUAGCAACCCUGAAAUUUCCAGCAUCUGACUUUUUGAGGCUAUAUCGAGGGAUCCAAUCCGGAACUCAGAGUUCAGCCGGUCACGGGCUGUUGCUCCCACACGGACUAGUUUUCCAUUCAUCUCAGCACAGCAGCAAUGGCAGCGAUUAGGACGGCACUGAAUGGACGCUUUCUUCAGCCUCUCUCCCUGUCAUGUGGGUCACUGCGGUUCGUCAGUUCCUCCUUCAAGGCCGCAGAUCUUACCAUAGAGAAGAACCCUGUACUGAAGCCAAAGCCAGACCCCUCAACCCUUGUGUUCGGCAAGCAGUUUUCAGACCACAUGCUGACUGUCAGCUGGUCUGCAGCAGGAGGAUGGGAGGUGCCUCAGAUCAAGCCCUUCCAGAAUCUUUCGCUUCACCCUGCUUCCUCAGCCCUGCAUUAUUCCGUAGAGCUGUUUGAGGGCAUGAAGGCUUUCCGGGGAGAAGAUAACCGUAUUCGUCUCUUCAGGCCUAUGCUGAAUAUGGAGCGCAUGUACCGGAGCUCCGAGCGAAGCUGCCUGCCUUUGUUUGAUAAGGGCGAACUGUUAAAGUGUAUCAAUAAGCUGAUUGAGAUCGACCAAGAAUGGGUUCCUUACUCCACAAAUGCCAGCCUGUACAUCAGACCAACGUUUAUAGGAACUGAACCUUCUUUAGGUGUGUCUCGAGCAGGACAUGCUUUGCUCUUCGUCAUCAUUGGGCCUGUUGGACCUUAUUUUGCAACUGGAAGCUUUAAUCCGGUGUCACUGCUGGCAGAUCCUCGAUAUGUCCGGGCCUGGAGGGGCGGCGUUGGAGAAUACAAGAUGGGAGGCAACUACGGGCCAACAAUUGCUGUUCAGAACGAGGCAGCCAAGCAAGGCUGUCAGCAGGUCCUCUGGCUGUAUGGAGAGAGUGAGGAGAUCACUGAGGUCGGAACCAUGAAUCUCUUCAUUUACUGGACCACAGAGAAAGGAGAGAAAGAGCUGGUCACCCCUCCGCUUGAUGGCGUCAUUCUUCCUGGAGUCACCAGACAGUCACUGCUGGACCUCGCCAGAGAAUGGGGGGACUUUAAAGUGACAGAGCGCAGAGUUUUCAUGAAGGAACUGAUGGGCGCUUUGGAAGACGGACGGGUUUUGGAGGUGUUCGGUUCGGGCACUGCAUGUGUGGUGUGUCCAGUUGGCAGUCUGCUCUACAGAGGACAGACUUACCAAAUUCCCACAAUGAAGAACGGUCCAGACCUUGCUAAGAGAUUCUAUAAGGAGCUCACUGACAUCCAGUACGGACGCACUCAGAGAGACUGGGCGCCGGUGAUUGCCUAACCGAUCUGACGCAGGUUUCAUGUCUAAAACCUUUCAUCUCAAGUGUUUAUGUGUGGACUAAAAAGACAAGGGUGUUAUUCUACAGUAACAACCUUUCUAACUAUAUGCAGUCUUUCUGAAUGACCUUACAUGCUUGCUUGGAUAUUCAUAUGGCACAAUUUGUAGCACUAGAGAUCAUCCUUAAACCUGAGCACAAGCGUCGUAAGCCAUGUUUAUGCAACUAAAGGCAACAAGCAAAUAGUUCUUCUUACAAUAGUUACUGAUCUAAUCUGUAAACUUUUUUUUUUUUUUUUUCCUUUCUUUUUGUUACCAACCGGUCAGGCUUUUGCUGUUUCCCUUUUGUCUCCUAAAAUGUUUUAUUUCUUACAACUUUAAAUUUUUAUAUUGCGGGAAUCAUGCUAAAAAAAAAUCAGGUGGUUGAGAAAGAUCAGAAUUCAGCACGUGAUCAUUUUAAUGUAAAUCUUAAUUCACUCCGCUGCUUGUUUGUUUGUGUUCUUUCUCACUAGCAGGAAGACAGACAUAGGUUCAUUUUGUCAACUUAAAGUUUUGUUUCUUUUAAAAGACACUAAAUGGGUCUUUUCAAGUCCAAACUUGUAAAGAAAGUAUAAAUGGUUGUAUAUGCCUGUCUAGAGAAGGACAAAGACAAUGUGUUAUCACCAGACUUGGAUGAUUUAAAACCAUGAGCUGAACUUCUGCACGCACAAAGGGCUUCAGGACUGCCCACACCUAGCAGCUCUAGAGACCACUAGAAAAGUCUUGAUGUGAUAAUCGUAGGUGAUCAUUACUAGGCUCUGUGUUAUCUAUAUGAUAUCUGGAACAACAAUGUGACGUGUAUGUACGUGUGUUUGUGAAAUAUGUAAAGUUCACUGAACAUGUAGAAUGUACCAGUUUUAACUUAUUCCUGGUGUUGUUUUUAAUGGCUGGAAUACCUAUCAGCUCAUUGUGAAGCCCCCUUUGUUUUAUUUUUAUUUUUUCUUCUUUUUAAACUUGUAUUUUAAUCCAUGCACUCCACAUCUCUUCUGUCUAAGUGCCUGAUGGAGUUGGUUGUUACUUUCACCUUUAGUUCACCAUCCUUCACAUUAUUCAUUAAUGUGCUGAGGGGGCCGCUGCUGCACUCAUGAUUGGUUUGUUUAGUUUAAAGAGUUCAGAUAGACGUAGAUAUCUUUACUUUUUCCGUUACUGUAUUUUUACAAAUAAAUUCGAUUUGCUUUCAAAUA